AUGCCUCUUCCCACCCGCCAGCUGGGCACCAACGGCCCGCAGGUGACGGCCAUUGGCAUCGGUCUGAUGGGCCUGUCGGUGUUUUACGGCACGAAGCCCUCGGACGAGGAGCGGCUGGCCUUCUUGGACCACGUGUACGCGUCGGGCAACCGGUUCUGGGACACGGCCGACAUGUACGGCGACAGCGAGGCGCUGCUGGGCCGGUGGUUCGCGGCGCACCCGGGCCGGCGGGAGGAGAUUUUCCUGGCGACCAAGUUUGCCAACGCAACGGACGGCAGCGGCGUCAUCCGCACGGACCCGGCGUACGUGCACGAGGCCAACGCACGCAGCCUGCGCCUGCUGGGCGUCGACGCCAUCGACCUCUACUACGUGCACCGCGUCGACGGCACGACGCCCAUCGAGGACACCAUGGCGGCGCUCGUGGACCUCAAGACGCGCGGCGUGAUCCGGCACAUUGGCCUCUCGGAGGUGUCGGCCGACACGAUCCGGCGCGCGCACGCCGUGCACCCCGUGGCGGCCGUGCAGGUCGAGUACAGCCCCUUCAGCCUCGACAUUGAGAGCCCGCAGAUCGCCGUGCUGCAGACGUGCCGCCAGCUCGGCAUCGCCGUCGUCGCCUACGCGCCGCUCGGCCGCGGCAUGCUGACGGGCCAGCUGCGCAGCGUCGACCAGAUCCAGCCGGGCGACUUCCGGUCGUUUGCCCCGCGCUUCUCCGCCGCCAACUUUCCCAAGAACCUCCGGCUCGUCGAGGACCUGACGGCCCUGGCCGCCAAAAAGGGCGUCACGAGCGGGCAGCUGUCGCUGGCGUGGCUGCUGCGGCAGUGGGACAUGGUGAUUCCGAUCCCCGGCACGAAAAAGACGGCGUACUAUGACGAGAACAUGGGCGCGCUGGACGUGACGCUGACGGACGAGGAGGACGCGGCGAUUCGCAAGGCGAUCGAGGCGACCGAAGUUGUGGGCCAGCGCUACGCAGAGUCGUAUGUUCACAAUCUGUUUCGGGACACGCCGAAGAAGGCGUAG